AAUGUUGCCUACUAUCAAGACAGGGAAAAGGAGGCUGCCUUCGAGUUGGUUAUCACAGACAGUCCCGGGACUGAUGGCUCCAACUUCAUUCUGAGAGGAGAGCUCAUGAGAGAAGGAGAAAAGUACUUCUUGAAUCCACCAGAUUCCAGAGUCAAGCGAGAUGCUUCGUCACCGGAGACUCCCGAAGAUGCUUCGUACAAUCUGGUUUCACAGCCGACGUCUCCUGUAGCACUGCAUGACGUCAUCCUGGUCGACCCUGAAGAGAAAGUGAAGGUAGAAACCAAAGAGCCAAAUAUACCUGGUGUAGAACCACUAGCCAACGUGACCACACCGCUCCGCCGCGCCAGUCGCCAGUCCACACAGACCAUCUUCAUCGAUGUGGUGGCCGUGGUUGACCAUUCUGCCUACUCCAGGUUCCAGGCCAGUUCUAGCAACAAGGCUGCCACCCUGCAAGCCGUCCGAGAAUAUUAUGCCUUCAUUUUUAACGGGGUGGACAUGAGGUUCCAAGGGAUAACCAACAGCAAGUAUUCCAUCCGGGCUCGUUUGGUCAAGCUGCUAAUUGCCGAGACGGCUCAAGCCUGCCAGUUCACAGAGAAGUACCGAGUGUCGAACUCACCCCGAGACCGGAUCGACGCCAACGAUGCGCUGUACGCGCUGAGUGAGUUUGUUGUCGGACCCGGUAGAGAUAUCAUCCUCAGUCACGAUCACGUGAUUUUGUUUACUACAUAUGAUCUGACAUCCAAGUCUUCCACCGGGUCUGUGUCCGAGUCUACCACAGGUCUGGCCUACACCAACACCAUGUGCAGAACUGACGGUAAAAGUGCCUCUAUCGUAGAGGAUGUGGGAGGAUUCCAGUGUAUAGAGACAGCCACGCAUGAGAUGGGACAUAGCCUGUCCUCGCCACAUGAUGGUGAGGGAAACGUCUGCGAUUCCAAUGACCGCUACAUCAUGUCCACUGGAGGGCUUCCGGCCACCGAAACCAACAAGUACAACCCUUGGUACUUCUCCAAAUGUAGUAUCGACUACAUCACUAAGUUCAUCGACGAGAAACUAGCAACUUCGGCUGGCAAAACAUGUCUGACCCAACAAAUGGCUAUCGGCAGUGGUGUGGUGGACAUCGGCGAUCGCCUGCCGGGGCAAGAGUUCUCCGCGGAUGACCAGUGCAGGAUGAUUUAUGGCAGCCAGUCCAGACUGUGCAGGGGCGAAGAGUUUGCAACAGCUGAAGAAGUCUGUGUCUCCAUGUUCUGCUUCGACCCUAGCACCACUGGCACGUGCUACAAGCACAAGGCCGCCUCGGGAACCACGUGUGGCACGGGCAAGAUGUGCCUAAAUGGUAAAUGUGUUGCUGACCCAAGGGCACCCAAUGUGGAUGGUAACUGCGUAUUCGGGGACCAGCCUGGAGUUGCAUUUGAGGACAAGACUUGUCCAGUGUUUAUCGAGAACUUCAGCGGCUACUGCUACCAGGAAGUGGUCAGAAAUCGCUGCUGUGGCUCUUGUCAGAAAAAAUACAGCAAGAUUUCCGGAUGUGAAUAUGGCGACACAGUGCGGGGAUGCAAAGACACAACAUGCACCCGAGCCAGCAGCAACACCCUGAAGCAGUGUUGUGGAACGUGCAAAUAUGGCAGUCCCAAGGCAUCCACCCAGACUCGAACGGCCGCCAGUCAGACCAAACCACCAACAUACCCGGCAGUCACACAAGCAAGGACAACUCCUGUUCCAGUAACAACAAACCCAGGUGCCAACACAACGUGCAUUGACAACCCAAAUACGAGAAUAGGAUCCCAUAACUGUUCACUCGUGAAACAGCUGUCCUAUCUGUGCUGCAUACAACAGUUGCGAGACGCCUGCUGCCAAAGCUGUAAAAGCAACAAAAUUUGUAGGUUCUAG